AUGUUCCACGCGAGAAGUCUUCGUUUAAUUUCUGACAGCGUCAGUGUCGCUGUUCAACGCAGCAUUCAAUUACAAGACGACAUGAUCCUGGAAAAUAUCCCUAAUGCAAAUAUCACGGAAGUCACCUUUGAACUCUCAAUAUUCUACGAUCCCGAUUAUACGAUAGAUACUGCACCGGUGAAAAAUGUGUUAGUACUACUUACGGAAAAAUCGUGGGGUGACUGCGCUGAAAUAGGACUAACAUCUGAAGCACUAACCCAGCUUGAUAAUGUGAUACAACUUACAUUGGGGAGACCGUUAGGAAUAUUGGAGUGA